AUGUGGGUGGCCAGGGAGAAGAGAGCGUCAUCCUGGCGCUGUGCCAAGGGUGUGCGCGCGAGCGUGACGCGACGGCGAUCGGCAGCACUCCUCCGCCUCAUUCUGUGCGGUGUGGAGGGUAUGCUGGCGCCGAUCAUCACAAAGGAUAUGAAGCUGUUCCCCACUCGACCGUUACCGGCCGGAAUCAAGAACGUGCGCAGUCGUGCACAAAGUCUGGACCAGUUCAGUCAGGUGCAGGACAGUGGCAGUGCUCGUGGUCGUAUUGUACCGGUGAAACCUCGCAGUUCCCAAUCUACUGGCAAUUUACCUGCUGUUGCUUCGUCUGCAUCUUUUUCUCGAAGUCCCCCCAAAACGUCCGUGCAUCGCAAGACCACAUUGACUGCCAUCCAAGAAGGAGUUGAGAUGAGCCACAGCCAUGUUCCUGACGCUCGACAUAUGGAAAGCCGUUCGGACAGCAAGCUGCCUUCUGACAUUUCGCGCAGGAACAAGAAGAAGACGAAAAAGAGCGAAAAAGAAAACGAGACAACGAAGAACGGUAAUUGUGAGAAGUUGGAGCGCACCACGGCCGCAAGCGAUUCGGCUAUGGACGGGAAAGAAAAAAAGGGUGUUUCCGAAUUCCAGCUAACUGCAACCUCUGGAAGCUUCGUUGGUCCAACGACGAGCUCUUUGUGCACUUCACGUUCCAACCACAAUAGCAUUGCUCUAUUCCAUUCGCUGUGA